AUGAAGACCUCUGGAAUGCCAUUUGUGGACGAUUACAUCCCUUGCGAGGAAGAUAUUUUCGAUCACGUCACCGAGUACACCGGAAUCUACCCCGGUGACCUGGAUCCGACUGCGAGCACCAAAUAUUUGACGUCAAUGAAGACCACGUACAAGAGAAUCCGGUAUCUGGUGGAUGCGGGGUGCAUCUUCGUGGGACACGGUCUCAAGAACGACUUUGACAUGUUGAACAUUGUCGUUCCCGUGGAGCAAGUGGUGGACACGGUCCAUUUGUUCCAGUUGCCCAAUCGAAGGUUGCUUUCCUUGAAGUUUCUGGCGUGGUACUUCUUGGACAAGAUCAUCCAUGUGGGAACCCAUGAUCCCACUGAAGAUGCAACAACAGCCUUGGAACUGUUUCAAAGGUACCGGGAGUUCGAGGCCCUUAACAACAUACCAGAGGUCCUUUGCCAAUUGUACAAGGAAGCCCAAGCCAACCAAUGGAGGGUCCCAAGAUACAACUUGAGGAUCCAUAUGGAGACCCACAUUGGAUUGGACGUUCCCCAGGUGGUCAAGAACACGUUGUUCAUCGAUUUCCGGUCACAUCAUCAACCCUGUGAAGAUUCAGAAUAA